UAAGGAUAAUGUCACGUUGCUUCGUGGGUCGGAGGAUUAAGCUAUAACUGCCAUUUCUUUGGUGACAACACGACUUUUUUUCUUUUUUUUUCCCCUAAAGAAACCCUUUUGGCUGUUCAGGAGGAACCGAGAACACAAGCGAAAUCCAGCCUCCGUAUUGGCGGGAGGCUGUUGUUGGGAAGGCUGAUUCUGGAUAUUACUGAUUAUCAGGUGUUGCCAUGGAGGAGGUGACCCGCUUGGUGUCGACAGGGGACUGCGUGAAGAUCUGGGAUGCGGUUUCCAUGGCGCCACUGGAGCAGUUUAACCCACACAGCAUCAGCCACCCUGUCGCACAGGCCUGCUGGAGCUCCAACAACCAUUACCUGGUCAGUGCCAGCAGCAGCGGGGACAAACUGGUGGUUUCCAGUCUCAAGUCGACUCCAGUUCCAGUGGUGGAACUGGCCGAGGGGAAAAAGCAGACACGUGUGUGUCUGAGUUCAUCGUCUCAGUUUCUGGUCAGUGGAGGUCUGGAUCACUGUGUUCACAUUUGGGACCUGAAGACCAAGAGACUGCACCGCUCCCUCAAGGACCAUAAAGAAGAGGUGACCUGCGUGUCCUUCAAUGCCAACGACAGCUACAUCGCCUCCGGAUCCUCCAGUGGAGAUCUGGUCCUCCACAGUCUGACCACCAACCUGUCCAGCAAAGCUUUCGGCCACGGCAGCAACCAGCCCAUCCACGACCUGAGGCUGUCCAUGCUGAAGCGCUCCCUGCUGGGCAGUGUGUCUGACAGUGGCACUGUGGUCCUGUGGGACUCCAACACCCAGAAGGAGCUCCAUGUUUUUGACGGUGCCCAUAAGGCCCCGGGCUCCGGCCUGGCCUUCUCCCCUGCCAGUGAGCUGCUGGUGGUCAGCGUCGGUCUGGACAAGAAGAUCGUCUGCUAUGACACCGCCAGCAAGAUUGUCCUGAAGUCCAUCCGGGUGGACAGUCCUCUGACCUCGGUGGACUUUACUCUGGACGGUACCGGUCUGGUGGUCGGAUCCACUCAGGGUAAGAUCUACCAGUACGACCUGAGGAACUCCAGCGCCCCCACCAGGAUCACGGUGGCACAUAAAACCUCAGUGACCUGCCUUCGCCUCCAGAGCCACCCCAGCAGACUCAAGUCCAUUAAACCGGCCUCCACCAAGCUCGCCAGUUCUAAAAGGUCUUCAACCAAAGUGUCCAGCAACCAGCCAGACCCCGCCCCUAGCACAGGCCCCGCCCCCCACAGACAGGUGACGGGCACAGGGGGCGCCGGUGCAGAGGUGAUGUCCCGGGAGGCCGAGGGUCAACAGGGGACAGAGCAGCCUCCUGCUGCGGAGAAGUUCAGCGGCGUUGGACGAAACAGUCUGGAUGUCUUCUCUCCUGCACGGGAAGCUCUUCCCUCUGUCCCAGACUCGAGGACACAGGGGACGACUGGAGACACACCGUUUGGAAGAACACACGUUACCAGUUUGGAGAAGUUAUCCAGAGAAGGGGAGGGUCAGCAGGUCAUCGGUCGGGCCAGUCUGGACGUCUUCUCCCCUGUCAGAGAGGACUCUCAUUCAGGUGCCAACUACCAUCGUAAGACCCCCGUGGGAACCCCCCUGGGAACCCCCCUGGUAGCCACUGCCGGUCGAUGCUACAGCCCGCUGUCCUUCAUCCAGACCCCCCCACCAAUCAAAGAAGAAGAGCCCAUCGUCGCUGCAGCCGCUGAGCCGUGUGACUCCAGGAAGUCUGACAAGGCCAGCAGCUCCAGCCUGGAGGGGGAGGGGCAGACCACACCCACAUCGUCCCAGCAGACCAAUCACAGCCAGCCGGCCCCGCCCUUCUUCACUCCAGAGCCCAGCCUCCGGAGAGCCAAUGGUGUUCAUGCUCAGCUGAGCUACGACUCACCUGUCCUCGGAGCUCCGCCCGCUGCAGCGGCAGUUCCGUCCGUGUCUUCAGGUCCAGCGCUGUCGUCGGCGGUGUCCUCCUCUCUCUCCCAGAACAUCGCGGAGGUGGUCGGACAGGGUGGAGCUGCUCCUCUCACCUCCCUGCAGAUCCACUUCAUCCAGAACAUGAUCCAUGAAACCCUGGAGGACUUCAGGGACGCCUGUCACCGAGACGUCGUCAACCUCCAGGUCGAGAUGGUCCGACAGUUUUACAUCCAGCUGAACGAGAUCCACGGGCUGAUAGAGAAAUACUCUGUGAACGAGUCUCUGGUGGAGGAGAUCGAGAAGCUGAGAGAGGAGAACCGCAGACUGAGGACCAACUACUGACCCUCUGACCUCAUCCCAGACUGUGUCCCUCCCUCAAGGUUUUGUUUAGGUUAGACAAGGUUAAAGGGGAGGGGAGAAGGAUGUGGUUUGGAUUUUUUCUGCCAAUCACAGCUUUAAAAAUAGAAAUAAAAAAUAAAAAAACCGCCAGACUCCGUGUUGAGUCGGCCGCCCGAGGACCCUCGGCCUCGCUGCUGCCUGCUGAUUGCAGAGGACUGACAGAGCCGGAGUCUGCCUCCUUUCUUCAUCACGGCCUCUCUGCAGUCCGACGGCUGUGACUGAGACACCGGCUGUGCCUCCUGAUUCUGAGGACGACGCAUGGGUGUGUUUUACAGAUGGAGACAUAAUAUGGAUGAAAUAUAAAUCUUCAAAUAAAUCCUUUGGUUUUGUAAUUUAAGUAUAAAUAUAUAAUUUCGCAGCCUGUAAACCUGAAAACAGUCGAAGACUUCAGUGGCUUCUAUCUUACGACGGACUCUGGUUCAGAUUAUUCAUCGGUUCAUUUGUGCCUGUAUCAUGUUUUUAUCUUGUCUAAGGAAUAAAAAAGGUUCGUAUUAAA